AUGAAGGUAUCUGCAAAAUGUCCAGUGGGAGGUGCGUUAGCAUUAGUCCUUCGUAUGUCCCGUUUUGUGGGCGUUGCUCCGGUUAUUUUAACGCAAAAUGGCAUCCGUCUUUCCCGUCCUCUGACAUUUUAUAGCUAUUUUGUCGUCACAGCUAUCAGUGGUGUUAUACUCUCUGGAUUCGCGUUGGAUCUUUUAACUGAACCGAAGCGAUCGUUGCGCGUGCGCACGCCUACCUCCCGAAUGAUAUGGGUGGCAAAUCUUUCAAUAGUCAUUCUCAUUACGUCAGUUGCAGCGUACAGAGCUCCGGCGCGUUUCUUGUGCAUUAUCAAUUGCUUGAAACAAAUUCAAAAGAUUAAAAUCUUUAUAAACGGUGAAAAUAACAUAGAUUUGUUUGAAAAACUCAAAACUGUGAUGAUAAUAUCGACUUUAGUUGGCUUGGGAUUUCUAGUAUUUUUCGAUAUUUACGGCUACGUGACAGAAGCACUCACUCAUGGCCGAGAAGUACGAACAUUGUUUCUUUACUCGUUUCUGUAUUACGAGUACUUUAUUGUGCUAUUGGUAGAAUUGCAAUUCAUCUUGAUCGCGCAGAAACUACUAUCAGCCCUGCGAUUGGUGAAUGAUGCAUUGCAGCAGCUGAUGGUCAGCUUUAAAACUCAACGUAACAAUUAUUACAAUCGUUUUCGAAAUGAAUUUACGAGCUAUGAUAAUUACGCUUUAAAAGAAAGUUCAACCGUUCCAAACAAAGUCAUAAAUUAUGUGGUCGACUCCUUAACUGUUAAAGAAAAACUUGACGAUAAGAAGUAUUUUCGAAGCGACAAUAGGACAGUGCGUGAUUUGUCUAACGCAUAUACCGGAAUCUGUGAUAUUUUGAGGCGUAUCGAUGACAGUCACGGUUUUCUACUACUAUUGAUACUGAUUUCUUUCUUUAUGCAAUUAAUAAUAACACCAUAUUAUCUUAUUACGACUCUAUAUACGUCUAUGAAUCAAAUAAAUUAUAUAUUGCUUCAAAUAAGCUGGUGUAUGUAUCAUAUAAUCAGCAUGCUCAUGGUUGUGGAACCGUGCUACCAGACCCAAAAAGAGAUGGAUAGGACUCAGAUGCUCGUCUUGUACUUGUUGAGGUACAUUUCAUCUACUGACCCCAUGUUUGUGGACGUAGACAUUUUCUGCAAGCAGUUAUACCUUGACCGGCCAAGCUAUACGCCGCUUGGAAUGUGCACUAUUUCGAGACCGCUCACUGUUACGAUAAUCGGUGCCGUGAUGACAUAUCUCGUUAUAAUUUUCCAACUCCGCUCUUACGAGUCUAACAGCAAAGAUCAAUUGUAG